AUGGAAAAAUAUUGUAUCGUAAAAAAUGCCAGUACCCCUUCGUACGCUGCCGUAAUGGACUCUCGCGGUGAAUGCCUGAUCGGGUUGGGUGACAUGGCUUUGCACAAUAAUAUAUCAAUCGACCUGGUGAAUAAGCAUAUCGAUGUCCUGCACGAUGCCCCUCUGGUGGUCCUCGACGGCAAUGUGCCUCAGGCUACUGUUAACCAUGUACUCGACGUGUGCCAACGUCUACAGAAACCUGAAUGGAAAAAUAUUCAGUCACAAAUUAAAACUGUAAGAUAA